GCCCCGCCCUCCGGGACACAGUCGCGUGGCGAUGACGUCCCGGGGGCCUGGCCGGGCGUCUCGGACUCCGGAGAUGGAGGAAAAGGAGCUGUUACGGCGGCAGAUCCGCCUCCUGCAGGGUUUGAUCGAUGACUACAAAAACCUCCAUGGCAAUAGCCCUGCCCCAGGCACGUCCGCUGCAUGCCGGUGGCAGCCACCAGCCUACAACAGCAACAGGGCCUUCAGCGCUCGCUACCCUCGCCCCAGCCAGAGGGGCUUCUCCCUGAGCCAUGGGCCUGCCUGGCGCAACAAGUACUCCCUGGUGAAUCGGCCCCCGGGCUCCUCAGACCCGCCCGGUGACUGUGCUGUGCAGCCAACCCUCGGGGCUGGGGGCGGCCAGGGUCCCCACCCCCAGCAGUGUGUCCUGGAGAGGCGGGUCCAGCUCAGUCCAGAUCAGAGUAUGGUCAUCAGAAUCAAACCGCCAUCGAAGCCGGGCUUGGUGAGCACUGCAGGAGUCCCGCAGGGCUCCUCAGAAGAGUGUGAGGACCCGCCCUGGAGUGACGCCAGGCCUCAGGAAGGUGAGGGCGAGCCCCCUGGCGGGCAACGGCAGCCCUCAAGGCCAGGAAGAGCCAAAGGGACCUGCAGCACAGAGGACCCCCUCCUGGUCUGCCAGAAGGAGCCUGGCAAGCCCCGGGUUGUGAAGUCUGUGAGCAGUGUGAGUGACAGUGCCUCGGAGCCCCGGCGGACAGUCAGUGAGAGUGCAGUGUCGGUCCAGGCGCGCUUCCUGCCCUCCACCCAGCCCCAGCGCAGCAGCGUGGCCCUGGCCGGCAAGCUGGGCUCUCCCCCUGUGUCCAGGUGUGUUGCACAGCUCCUUGGGAGUGGGGCAGUGGAUGCCAGCCACCCGGCUCAGCCAGUGUCCUCUGGUGCGGUGGCAGGCCCAGCUAGAACAGCUUCCGGCCCAAGGCAGGCCCGGGAGGCCUCCCUGCUUGUGUCUUGUCGAACCAACAAGUACCGGAAAAACAACUACAAAUGGGUGGCUGCCUCGGCAAAGAGCCCCCCGAGCCCCUCGCAGGGCCCUCAGUCCAGAGCGGCUGCGGAGAAUGUGUGCACGGCCCCCUCUGGCCCAGCAGAGCGAGUGGAGAAGCUGCAGCCCAGAGCCGAUGCGGAUGCCAAGCCCAGGAAGCUGGCCGUGUCCUCCACAGCCGGGGCUUCCCGCAGCAAGUACAAGUGGAAGGCCUCCAGCCCCUCGGCCUCCUCGUCGUCCUCCUGGUGGCAGUCGGAGGCUGGCAGCAAGGACCGUGCCUCCCAGCUCUCUCCAGUCCCAUCUAGGUCCCCGCCAGGGGACAAACCAGCCGUGGGACCCAGCGAGACCCUGCUCUCGGCUUACAAAGUGAAGAGCCGGACCAAGAUCAUCCGGAGACGGGCGAGUGCUAGCCUUCCCAAGAAGAGCAGCCCCCCACCUGCUGCCACUGCUAAGAGCCAGUUCAGCCUGCGGAGGAGGCAGGCCCCCCGGGGGAAGAGCAGCCCGGUUCUGAAGAAGACCCCCACCAAGGGCCUGAUGCAGCUCACCAGGCACCGGCCAUGCUGCCUGCCUCCCAGCCGGGCCCACCUCCCCAGCAAGGAAGCGUCCAACACGCACAGCCUGCGGGCCCCUCCCGCCAGCAGAGUGAUCAAGACCCGCUACCGCAUCGUCAAGAAGGCUGCCGCCGUGCCGCCUCCCAGCGCCCUGCCCUUCCCCGCGCCCCUGCCCUGCUGGCGGGCACGGCGCCUCUCCCUGUGCAGGUCCUCGGGGCUGAACCGCCUGCGCCCUGCCAGCGGGGGUGGGAGAGCCCAGGCCGGCUCCCCCCGGUGGCGGAACAAAGGCUACCGCUGCAUCGGAGGGGUCCUCUACAGGGUGUCAGCCAAUAAGCUCUCCAAGACCUGUGGCCGGCCAGGAGGCGAUGGGGGCCCCAGGCCCAUCCUACGCACAGGCCGACUGGACCCUGCUAGCAGCUGCAGCCGCUCCCUGGCCAACCGGGCCCUGCAGCGCAGUCUGGCCAUCGUCCGACAGGCCAGGCAGAGGCGGCGCAGGAAGGAGCCGGAAUACUGCAUGUACUACAACCGUUUCGGCAGGUGCAACCGCGGCGAGCACUGCCCCUACAUCCACGAUCCCGAGAAGGUGGCCGUGUGCACCAGGUUUGUCCGGGGCACAUGCAAGAAGACAGACGGGACCUGCCCAUUCUCCCACCAGGUCUCCAAGGAGAAGAUGCCCGUGUGCUCCUACUUCCUGAAGGGCGUUUGCAGCAACAGCAACUGUCCCUACAGCCAUGUCUACGUGUCCCGGAAGGCCGAGGUCUGCACUGACUUCCUCAAAGGCUACUGCCCGCUGGGCGCGAAGUGCAAGAAGAAGCACACACUGCUGUGUCCCGACUUCUCCCGCAGGGGCAUCUGCCCCCGGGCCGCCCAGUGCCAGCUGCUGCACCGCACCCGGAAGUGCCUCGGCCGGCGGGCAGUCCCAGCCCCAGAGCCCAGCGACAUACCCUCCAGGAGCAGGAAGUCUUCGGCCACCCAGCGCCCCACCGGACAGACGCCCAGCUCCCCCAGCUCUGUGGCUGUUGGCCCGGCCUCCCGGCCCUGCUCCCCACGGGCAUUAGCUGCAGCUUCAGCCUGUCCCUUGUCAUCAAAGGCCCCCGCCCCCUCCGCCCCCUCCUCUCCCUCCCCCCCCUCCCUGUCCUUGGACCGGGAGGAACUGUCUCUCCAGGAGGAGGCCACCUCGGUGCUGAUGGGCUCUGGCAGCCUCUCCAAGCUGCCUGCCUUCAUCUCCCUGCACUCCUCACCGAGCCCAGGAGGCCCGCCCAGGGCCCGGACCCCCAGGAGCACCCCCACCAAGGAUGCAGGGAGACCUCUGCACAUCAAGCCCCGUCUGUGAGGGCCCAGGGUGCCAGCCCGUGCCUACCUCAGCCCCUCGUCCCUGGAGAGGAAGGCUCCACCUGCCACCACCCCAGAGGAGGGGCCGCAGGGCCGUCACUGCCCACGUGGGUCUCAGCCUUCCCUGACCAGUGUGUGCCCAGGGCCUCACCCUCUCCCUUGGGCUGGGCCCAGCCUGCAGGCCCCUCUGCGUCUCAACACCUCCCCACCUGGCUCCCCAGCCUCCCACCCAGGACAUGCUCCCACCUUCCUGCCUGACGGAUGCAGGCCUGUGCCCACUAUGGGUGUGGCAGUGGCCGACUCCUGCCUGAGGGAGAGGCUGCUGGCCUGGCCUCCCUGGCGAGCACGUGUUCAGCAAUAAAGGUUCUGUCCUGUG